AGGAAGCCCCGCCACGUGUCUCGCAAUGGAGGAGUACGGCCUUUCUUCAAGCCUGGGAAACCCCACACGGCGCUCACACCAAGCCUCCUCGUCUCCCCCAAUUCCCAGACCAAAAACCCCAUUCCACACACCCGAGCCGCACCUAGGUCAGGGAUUUUCCGCCUCGCCAGACGCCAGCACAGCGCCUGCUACGACCUCGAGCCGGACGUCAUGGUUGCCCCGUCCGAGGCUGACCUUGCCCACCUCUCCGGCCCGGAGCUCGUGCGCCACCUCCGCCAAACCCACCUCAGGUCCGACUUCGAGGCGGUGGCGAGCGUCCUCGAGGCGCGGGACCGCAGGCUCGUCAAGUACGAGGCGGCACUGGAGACCGCUCUCGCCGACCUCAGCGCGGCCAAGGAGCGCGAGCGCGGGAUGGCUGAGGUCAUGGCCGAACUGGAGGCGGCGCUCGCGGACUACAAGGCCCUAUGGGAAAAGGGCGAGGCGCUCCGGGACGCACACCGCCGGCUACGGGGUGAGGCCGAGGAGGCGGCUCUGCUGGAUGCGCACCGCCACCCGCGCGACGAGGCUGAGGAGAUGGAUCUCCUGGUCAGGCCAGCCGCGCCAGACCCGGUGCAUCCGGAGCAGAGGGGCGUCGAGGGGGUCAAGGAGGGGGAGGUGAAGCAACCCGAUGAUAUUAUCGACCUCUGCAGCGACGACGAGGAAGAGGAAUUGCCAGUGCACCCCUGCAAACAAGAAAUGGAUUUUGGCGAAGACGAUGAAGAUGACAAGCCGCUGAGCCAGCUUUGCAAGCGGUUAUGGCGAGGUGAGCCCGGGGCUUUGGAAUCGCGGGAGGGAGAGGGGCAGCAACAGGGCAAUUUGGUCAGCACUUUGGCAAGGAAGAUGGUGGGUACGCCUGAGGAUCCAAUGCUGACACCCUUGACAGUGCUGCUUCCUUCCGGGGAGCGUCCUGGCUCCAGCACUCUACAGAAGGUUUCUUCCAAGAGUGACCAUGGUAGGUAUAGAACUGGCGAGAAAGAAGGCUCAUCUGGAGAUGAUGUUCCAUCAAAGAGAGUUAGUCAAUCACUGAAGCAGAAUGCUAAAAUGAACAAGACACCAAUGGUGGAAUCAUCAGCUGGGGUUUGGAACAAGGAAGGUGGGGCUGAAAUGCAGAAAACGAGGAUAGCAAGGCAAGGAGUUCUAUUUGAACCUUGGAACAGUAACAUCACCUGUGCCCAGGUAAAAAGGGAGACGGGCUCGUUGCCUUCGGCAGUUACAAGGAAUUGGGAGUCUGAAGGAGAUAUGAUUACUUCACUUAUCGAAAACGUGGAGCUCUCUAUGCAAGCCCUCUGUGCUCUUUACCGCCAAAAGAAGUUGACACUCGAGAAUGCUGGACUCACAUUCAGGGCAACUAAGUUGGCAGAAUUUCUUUUGGAUAGUGACCUCCAGGGACCAAUGAAAAGAACUGCUGAGGAACUAGAGAACCAAGAUCCUUCAAAUUCCAGUUUUCUGCAGCAAGUAGGACUUGAUUUAUCUGGGCAGUUAUUUGAUAUUUUCCGGAACAAAGAAGAUCGGUACUUCUGUUGAUAACGAUAAAGCAGUAUGCGAUAAGAUGAAGAAUUCAUAACUUGGUGCGUUGUCUCAUACUGGUGGAUGCCAAAACCAAGCAGUAUUGAUUAGGCGUUUACUAAUUAGCAGUCUACUAGAUCCUCCUAGAACCAUGAUUUUUAGCCUAUUGACGAAGCAUCGACAUGAUGACCAUCUAUGUCGUUACCUUCCUUAAAUAGAGAAUGUUGGGGAGUCACUGGAAGCAUCACUGUGCUAAGGCUUAAAAAUAUUGAUGUUGCGCAUUAUCUUCCGCAUGAUGUUUAUUUUUGACUUGUAAAGGGCUCUAAGAAUCCUCUGAGUUGUGAAUGCUGUCAUCAUCAUGAUAUGUUGAUGUCGCUAUACUGUCUGUUUGGUAAUUGGUAUUGAGAUGGUCGUCUCUGUGCCAUGCAGAGUACA